AGAUAAAUACAAACAAAUCAUGAGCUCUAUCAAAUCGCCGAAUUGGAUGCUGAUGCCAGAUGAAUCCAUCAUAGAUGUGUCGAAACUAAAGGGCUACGAAUGGAUUAAUUUGCGCAAACAAAUUGAAGAUCUUUCCCUGGAGCCAUGCUACCGCCGUUACAUGGAGCGCCUGGCCGUGGUCAAUGUAUCGCUCUUCGUGUUCCUCUCAGAGCUAUUGGCAUUCUUGCACGUGUUUUUGCAAAUAAUUUACAAGGGAAUUACGCUCCGGACAACGGUUCCAUUCAUAGUUAUUAUGGUGCUGAUACCGCUCAUACUUUUGAUAUGUUUCAGGGACAAGAAGAAAUAUGCUCGAUUUUCGCUUUGGAACAUCUUGGCCAGCUGCGCAGCUACCCUGAUGAUAGUAUUGAUGGACACCUUCUUUAUGGCGCUGAGUGCCGGCCCUGAUGUGCAUUUAAGGAGCUCCUACGAUCACAUCGUCACCAUAUCAAUAUAUUCUCUAAUGCCAAUAUCCGUCUAUGGCAAGCCCUCGUUUCUUGGCUUUGCUUCUACCGUGAUCUAUUUCUUAUAUUAUGUUUACUCAAGCCUGUCGAUUAAGGAACCGAUCAGCAUCAGCACCCAUGGAUCCUAUGCCAUCCAUCUGGUUUCGCUAAAUAUUUUCAUGGAGGGUUUUCGCAUUUUCAUCGAAUACAACUUGAGGAUGAUGAUAUUGAAUCGUCGCAAGUUGCUGUAUCAGAACUUUAAGCUAAGGUCAGCCGUGCUAAUGGAAAAUGACACCAUGGAACAGCUACUCUCAUCCAAUAUCCGAACAACGCUGAAAGCGGAAAUGUAUAAGCGCAUCGACGAGCAGCGGCAGGGCAUGCGUUAUUUCGUCUCAACUCUUCUCUUCAUAGAGCUGUAUUCAAAUAUUUCUAUUCUGAUCGCCAAUAUAAUAAACUAUCAGCUGAUAACACAGCUGGAUGUCUCCGAGAUCCUGGAAAUUCUGAACGGUAUUUGUGUACGCUUGGAUGAGUCGGCAGCUAAGCAUAAUGUCUUGCCGAUCCAAUUCCUGGGCAAUUUCCUUAGCUGUAUCUCCGGAAUAAUGCCGAAGUCAACCAGGCAUACGAAUGAGUGCGUAGAUCUUGCUCUAGACCUGAUCAACAUAAUAGAUGAGAUAGGUCAAGAGAAGGAACUCGAGCUUGCAAUCCGCGUGGCCGUUCACGAUGGCGAGGCCUUCACCGCCAUUGUCGGCCGCCAGAAGUGCUGCUUCGAUAUCUGGUCACAGGAUGUGGCCAUUGCCCAUUGCAUGGCAUCGCUGGGCCGCAAGAAUAUGGUGCACGUAUCCCAGAAAGCGCUCCGUUUGCUGCAUAGUGAAUAUAACUAUGAGAAUGGCCCGGAAGAGGCCCAAAAACAUUCGCUCCUGCAGAAGGCCAAUAUUACCACCUACUUGAUCGGGCCCCAGCCCCGGGUCAUAAAAAGUACCAAUUUUUUUAUGCACCUUCACAAAGAUUCUGAGUCGAGUUCAGAUAGCUUACCCCAGUCUACUAUGCAACGCAGCUCGUUCAUUACGGUAUCACGAGCAUCAACCGCAUUUGAUUGGAAAGACCUUGAUGAAGUGCGCCAGAAAACUGCUAGUUGCCUGCUCGAAAAGGUCGAGUAUAUGCCCGUCGACAGCAUCAACUUGGCGAGAAUAUUCGAUUUCUCAGAUCGCAUUGAACGUGGCAACGAGGAUUAUAUUAUCAAUUCUUAUAUCACGCCAUUCUGGAGAAUCUAUCGCAAUCCCGAAGUUGAAAGCGGCUACGGAAAUCAGCCAGAUGUGUUUUUCAAAUAUGCCAUCUUAUUAAUGGUAUUCGUUGCCACAGUCUUCUGUAUAAUGGCCCUGUUGCCACCAUUCAGCUCUGUAAUUUCAUACAAAAUGCUUAGCAUGUACUCGAUAUUGAUUAUAAUAUGUCUGCUUGGCUUCUAUAACAAAAUUACAAGACGCAUUUCCAAGCAUAAUACAGCGUCUCCAGCGAAAUUUUUUCUACAUCGCUGGCUCUGUACACUCUGUCGAUGGCUGGAAGAGAAACGAAUGCUGCGCUCUAUAGUCUAUAUAUUGUGUGUGUGGAUGGUCUAUUUUCUGGGCACUCAAGAGGCGAUUAAGCUUCGAAGGGACGAGCUGAAGCUUAUAGCAGAUAAAACCCUGUUGAGUCCGAGCAUCGUUGAGCCCUGGGAAGCUUCAGAGCACAUGAUUCUAGUAAUCAUGCUCUUCACCUUUCUGUCCGUACCGCUGAUCUUCAAAGCGGCGCUGAUCGUUCUGCUCUGCAUGGUGCACAUCCUUACCUUGUAUGUGUUCUACAACAUAAAGCACAGCAAACAGAAAACGAAUAUGGGGCUGCCGGCCGAAGUGGCAAGCGUUUGGCAUUUGCUAUCGGCCUGCAUCUAUUACAUGAUCUUGGAUCAUCACAUAAUCUACCUAACACGCGUGAGCUAUUACUUUCUGCGUAACGCUGAGAAGAAACUGGAGCAAAUAGAGAAAAGCAAGAGCAAUGCAGAGCAUAUCCUGGCUAACAUGUUGCCCACCUACCUAGUGCCCAUAUUUAUGAAACACCCCUCUAAUGAUCCGCCCUAUCACAAGUACGUUGCGAAAGUCGCCGUGUUGUUCGCUUCCAUUGUCAACUUCCCAUUGGAUACGACUAGUCUGCGGGUGCUUAACGAAUACAUUUGCUAUUUCGAUGAUCUAAUCGAGGAGUAUGCGACAGGCUUUAAGGUGGAGAAGAUCAAGGUCAUGAACUGGACCUAUGUGGCUGCUUGUGGCCUAGAAGCAGGCGACAAUCUAUCUCAGUCAAGCAGGACUUCCAUAAGGAAACCAGGCAGAGGCCAUUUAUCAAGAGUGUCGACUGUAUCGAUAGGUGAACAUAUUCAGCUGCCGGAAUUGCAAAACUAUAAUCCACGAUUCCAUCAUCCGUCUCUUGAGUACAGUGAUUAUUGCGUUCUGUAUUUGGUUCACUUUGCUGUCGAUAUGCUGCGCAUUAUGCAGGAUAUAUCGAUGCAAAAUCUAACUAUGAAGUUCCCCAACGCCAUGCCCGGACAACUGAAGAUUGGCAUUUCGCAUGGACCAGCGCAGUCAGGUGUUGUGGGCCAAUCCCGCUUCUAUUUUGACAUCUGGGGCCAAACCGUCAACUGGGCCUCGAUUAUGGCAGAGAAGGGCGUUACUGGCCACAUACAUGUCACUGAAAACACGGCGCGAACAUUGAGCCUAUUCGAUAUCAAAUGCUAUUAUCGCGGCCUCGAGGAUAACCCAAUCGAGGGCAGAAGUUCCACAUACCUCGUCGACCUGAACGACGAGCUCAACUUCCAACAGGUCGAUGAGGCGUCUUGGCUUCAGUUCCCUAACGACGACAGAUCGGCUAAAUCCAAAAGCCGAAAGACUGUCAAGUAUGAUAGGCGGGACGAACCCAGUAGUGAUGGAAAAUAUAAAAGUCAAUAGCUGACUAAAC